AUGAACAAAAGAGUCAUUUUGGCUAAGCGCCCUGUGGAUUUACCAAAAGAUGAAGAUUUCUCAGUCAUUGAAGAGCCAAUUGGCCAACUUAAAGAAGGAGAAGUCUUAGUCAAGGUAGAAUGGCUGUCUGUUGAUGCUUCACAAAGAGUUUAUAUUCUAUAUACAAUUAAUUAUGGCAUAAAAUAUUUUAAAUGCUAUGCUUUUUUUGGGUAAUAAAAUUUAUAUAUGUUAAAAUCAAUACAAAUUAAAAGAAUUUAUUUCAGGCCAAAGAUCAUAUACUGACCCAGUGCCUGUUGGCGGAGUUAUAAAAGGUCUCGGCAUUGGCCAAGUCAUUGAAUCACAGAGCCACGCUUUUAAAAAAGGAAACUACGUAUCAGGACUCCUUGGCUGGCAAGAAUACUCAAAGCUACCUGCAAAUCAUUUGACUCUUCUCCCACCUCAUGAGAAUCCUCGAUUAUUUUUAGGAGUUCUAGGGAUAACCGGCCUUAUUCUAUUUCCCAUAAACCUAUAUAUUUUUAUAAUAAAUUUAUGUCCCAGAACAGUCAUUAUAAGCCAAGAUACUGCUUAUUUCACAGUAAAUGAACUAGCUAAGCCAAAACAAGGCGAAACAAUGCUUGUUUCAACUGCUGCAGGGGCUGUUGGCUCCUUAAUAUGCCAGAUGGGGAAAAUGAAAGGCUGCAAAGUUAUCGGGCUAACUGGUUCUGAUGAGAAAUGCCAAUACCUUACAAGAGAACUAGGAAUUGAUGGAGCUAUUAAUUAUAAAAAGGUUGAAAAUCUGUCACAAGCUAUAAAAGCUGCUUGUCCUGAUGGUGUUGAUGUAUACAUAGACAACGUUGGUGGAGAAAUUUUGGACGCUGCACUAUUAAAUAUCAAUAAAUACGCAAGAAUUGUUAUGUGUGGGGCGAUUUCAUCAUAUAAUAAAAAGACAGCACCUCCUGUGCAUUAUUACCCGUAAUGGUAAUUUAUACUAUAAUCCCUGAUUUUUUUCUAUAUUUUUUAUUAUUUUUUUCCAUAAUAAAAUAAUUUAUUUUUAUUGCUAAAUAGAAUAGACUCAUAAUUUCUAUGUCAGCCACAAUAGUCGGCUUCAUUGUAUUUGACUUCAAAAACAAGUACGGCCUCGCUACAAAGCAUCUCAGCAAGUGACUCCAACAAAAGAAGCUUAAAUUUAGCGAACACGUCGUCGAUGGCUUAGAAAAUGCCCCAUCUGCUUUACGUUUACUAUUAAAAGGGGAAAACACAGGAAAAGUCCUUGUUAGAGUCACUAGUGGAUCACCUAAGCUAUAA